AUGGCUCGCCGAAGAUUGAUCAUUUUUGCCCAGGUUGCGGUUUUGUCGUUUGCUUCCCUUUAUGUUCUGUGUCACAUUCACUUCAGCGCAUGGCCACUGACGCGGGUUGAGAGCGUCGACCUCGGGUCCUACCCGGUAUCACCAGAUGCAAAACUUACACGCGAGAACUUGACGGCACAUAUCCAAGCCAUCCUCGACCCCAACCUCAACCCUGACCUCCCCAAGCUCAAAUGCCCGCCUUUCAACGCAUCCCGAUAUGAACACCUCAAAAUCAACCCUUCCUCCUCCACCACCUCAUCAUCCGACCCACCCAUCCACUACUUCUUCGCGCUCAACCUCCGCAACUGCCUCCCCAUCCUCCCCCGCCUCCUCAGCAGCAUCCUCGAAGCCAUCCGCUUCCUCGGCCCCUCGCACUGCGCGCUCUCCAUCGUAGAAGGCAACUCCCCCGACGGCACUCGCCGAGCUCCUCGCCGCCCUCGAACCCACGCUCAUCACUCUCUCCAUCCGCACCUUCUUCACCCUCCACACCCCCGGCCGACCCCCUCGCCUCCGGCGCCGACCGCUUCACCACCCUCGCCCACCUGCGCAACCUCGCCCUGGCCCCCCUCACCACCAACCCCACGGCCAUCAUCGGCUUCAUCGACUACGUGGCUCUCUGCGCUGACCACCUCCUCGAGCUCCUCAACCAAGAACACCACCAUCCAUACGACCUGA